AUGGUUAACACUGGAAAGCCAUCCAGAGGAUGUUAUCUCUGCAGAUCUCGGCGAGUCAAGUGUGAUGAGAAAAAGCCAGGCUGUGGUAACUGCCAAAGGUUGAAGCGCGAUUGUCCUGGAUAUCGACCAAUCUUUGACGUUAUGCAUCGUAAUGGAUCGAGUUCGGCACAGCGCAAAACGUCUCAUGCAAUCGCAACCACAGCAGCCCUUGCUACAAUUCAAAUGGCUCGCCCUCAUAAUCGGAGUAAAUCUGAAUCUAAUGUAAUACCUUAUACACGAUGGAGACCAAGGCAAAACUCUUAUCCAGACGUCCAGAGAUUGAUAGAAGCAAUACAGAAUGGAACACAAUUAGCAUUGGCGCUGGCUACCUUCGGGAAUCAACCAAAUGCUAGGAUGCUGAAGCCAAAAGCCGAGCAGGCCUACUUGAAGGCAUUACGUCACGUCACUAACGCCAUAGGCGAUCCUAAACAAGCCACUCAAGAUACAACACUUGCAGCGGUUAUGUUACUUGCGUUAUUUGAGACCAUGGCAUAUAGUCUCGUAAAAGAGAAGGAAGGCUGGAACACUUGGAAUUCCCAUGUGACUGGUGCAACAGCCCUUUUGAAGAUGCGCGAUGUAGAAGGUCCGAUGACUCCUUUAACUUUGGAAUUGAUAUGGACCGUGAAAGUACACUUGAACCUAAGUUGUCUCCUCAACGGAAAGAUGCUCGAUAUCCCAGCGGAAUGGAAUGAAGUCCUUACUAAGAGAAGGGACAAAUCCAGGGGCGGCCCGACAAUGUGUAAUCGUCUUCAAUGGAAAGUUGCGGAAGCGCGUGUUGAAUGUGACAAACUUAUGGCCAGCGCGAAACGAACUCCCCAAGACUUCGAAAAUGUCCUGAAUUUGAUGCGAAAAGCUGAAGCCAUAGAACAAAGCUACUCGGAAUGGGCGGAAUCAAUGCCAGCUCAAUGCAAUUAUAAGCCCAUAGGAUGGAUCGACGCUAUACCGGAAGAGAAAUAUGCCGAAUCUAAAUAUUUUCCUGGUAAGAUCGACAAGUAUCACGAAGUUUGGGUAGCUCAUAUUUGGAAUCUCUCCAGAGGAUCGCGAUUACUCAAUAAUAGUACUAUCGUCCGAUGUGCUGCCUGGCUAUGCUCACCACAAGAUUACCGAACUACUGUGGAGUAUGAGAAAGCUAUGAUAGCCGGAAAAGAAAUGAUUCGGGACGUUAUUGCCAGCGUCCCUAAUUGUCUCGGGGAAAUACCAACAGCUAUGGAUAUCAAAAUCCCUUCUGAGCACAGCUUCGCGUGCGGAGAUGAAAGAGAUGCCCAUGCGAAAGGCCUAUCUGGACUUUUUAUAUUGUGGCCUUUGUUUUCCGUCGCUACUUCAGAUUUUGUUAGCAAAUCGCAAAGAAUAUGGGUCCUAGGAAGGAUGAAGUAUGCGGCAGAGGAGUUGGGAGUUAGCCAAGGAUCUACUGUAUAUUCAGAGCAAAAAUGUUCUGUACGAAUUCCAUCUUCGAUGUUGGAAAAAGACGGCCUCAUGCCUUCAAGGGUAGAGGAAAUCUUGAACCUUCAGAUUCCUCCUAUUCAACAAACUUUUGAGAAUGUUGACGAAAUCUGGACCGAAAGGACCGAUAGGUUUUCUCAUUAUCCAACUCCAAGCCCAACAUCGACUUCUGCAUGUUCGCCGAAGGCCCAACAUGAUUGGACAUUGUUGAACACCGAAUCUCUCGAUAUGAAUACAAUGAACAAUUGGCCGCAUCAGACUCAGUCUAACUGGUUCAAUCCAAACUUGGAUACCAAUGUCAUCACCUCAGCAGAGCCAGCUCAACAAACGUUGGCAGUUCCAAAUCCUCAUUCAGACCCGGUUGAAUCUCAACGAGACAGAAUAUAUCACGGGAGAUUUACGGAAAUAUGCAAGAUAUGA